CAAAAAGAACUGGCCGGAUAGCAGAGCACACUGUAUAAGUCAAGGGGGCGACCUACUUGUGCUCAGUAACUUGGCAGAGCAGCAACUCAUAUCUGAUAACUCUGAAAGGCUGAGAAUGUCGCGGCAAAACAGAUUUUGGAUCGGCCUCACUGAUGCAGUGACACCGGGAACAUGGGUUUGGGUUAACAAUGUGACUGAGGUGGAAACAAGGUACUGGAAAAGAGGGCAGCCUUCCAUUGAUGGACUUCUGAGUGGGAACUGUGCUGCUUUUUAUUACUUUAAUGUGGAUAGGGGGUCAUGGGUUAGUGGGAACUGUCUUGACCAUCUAUAUAACUGGGUUUGUGAAAAGGAGCCAAACUAAACAUGAAGCCUCUCAAGUGUAAAUCAGAACAACUGGACAAAUCUUUUGUGUAAACAUAAUAUGUCCUGUUUCAUAUACAAGAAGAAAUGUCAGCCAUGGAAUGAUUUUAUGAAAUCCUACAAAAUUGUACCUAAGUGAUACCUAAAUAAUCUUAUAAAGUUUGGAUGUUUGAAUGAAUUAGAAAUCCUUUUGAUCAGAAAAUGACACUGCACUUCAGAUCACCUGCAGCCCCUGUAAAUAUUUAACAAAUUAUCCGGGUUUUCUGUUUGUAAUGUUACACACACCCCUACACACAGGGCAAGGUCCUAACAAAUAAUCUGUCUGCGACGGUCACGUCAGACUCAUUUUAACUGUCAAAAUGGAGGAAGGAGAAAAUUCAGGUGGUACUUUUGAUGGUUCAUAUAACAAACUGAUUUAUCAAGAGGACUUCAGUGAAGAUUAUAACACUCUCUACUCAAACCAAGAGAAGCAACAAGUGUCCAUGUCGAUGGUGAGACCUGGAUUUCCUUUAAAUCAUCACAAACUGCUUACAGUAGGCCUGGCAGUGCUCGCUGUCAUUCUACUAGCAGUUGACGUUGGCCUGGGAGUCUAUUAUAACAAACUAACUGAUGGGCAGGGUACAGCGGACAUCAGUAAUGAGGUGGCCAAACUGCAGGCUUCUUACGACACUGCAAUCCAAAGCAGGGAUGAAGCCAAGAAACAGCUGGCAAGCGAGAUCAGUGAUCAGCAACUUACCAAAUGGGAGAUGGAGCACCAGAGUACAAGAAGCAAAUACUAUGAAAAGCUGAGUGACAAAAUUCAAAUGGAAAUGUCAGCGUUGAAGUCACACAUCCCGAUGAUUAAGGAGGGCUGCAGACAUUGUUUACCAGGAUGGACUUUCCUGAACUCAGCGUGUUACUACUUUGCAUUUUCUGAUGAUAUUUCAAGUAAAUCAUGGCACGAAGCCAGAGGGUUCUGCAAAUUCCUAGGAGGUGACUUGGCAGUGACAGACAGCAGAGAGAAACAUCUGGCAUUAAUUGACUUGAUAAAUAAAUAUCAAGUGCCUGCAAGGUCCAUAGAUUACCGCAGGGGCUUCUGGAUCGGAUUGACAGAUGUGGAGGUGGAAGGGACUUGGAAAUGGCUGGAUGGAACAAGACUGACUGAGGGGUACUGGAAUGAUGGAGAGCCCAACGAUCAGGGUAAUGAGGACUGUGCAGCGAUGUAUCCCAGAAACAACCCCUUUCAGGCCUGGAAUGAUGCUCCGUGCAGGCAUGAACUCAAAUGGAUUUGCCAGAGAACACCAAGGUCUGCGAGUUAAUGUGAUAUUUUAAAAUCACAUUUAGUUUUCAAUUAAUUGUUUGAAUGAAGAAUUAACUUGGUUUUAAGGACUUUUACAUCUCUUUUUAUUGUCAUGUGAAUAUUUGUUGAGACUUCAAAAUGGCAGGGAAGGUCAAAAUACCAAAA